AUGCGCGUGAAGGAAAUGCACCCGUUGUGCUGCAUCUCAUUGGAGAGUCCCGGGAUCGGAAGUCAUUCUCCGGAGCCAGACGCGGCGGCACUUUCGAGGACGAGGAGUUUACCGGCGUGCGGAUCUGACCGCAUUUGUCGCCGUGGAUCAGAGGCGACGGUUGCCGGAGUUCUCUAUAAGUGGACUAAUUACGGUAAAGGAUGGAGAUCCCGGUGGUUUCUCCUCCGUAAUGGCGUGCUUUCUUACGCUAAGAUCCGGUCGCCGGAGAAUCUCAAUCUGUUCUCUCCAAUCGAUGAUGUUCGCUUAAUUGGAGAUGUUACCGCUAACCGUCUCGCAAGAAUGGAUAGAGACGCCGGAAACGCCGUUCGCCGGAAGAAUCAUAAACCUUCUUCGUCUUCAUCUUCUCCUCCUACGGUGGUUCAUUUGAAGAUCUCGUCGUUUAGAGAGAGCAAAUCAGACGACAGAAAGUUUUACAUAUUUACAGCAACAAAGACACUCCAUCUUAGAACUGAUUCAAGGAAAGACCGCGUGGCAUGGAUACAAGCUUUGGUGUCAACUCGUAGUUUGUACCCACUAAGCGGUCAUCAUCUAUUCCUUGCACCUUAUCAUAUAUCUGUAUCUACCGAAAGGCUUAAGAAACGCUUGGUUGAAGAGGGUAGCAGUGAGAAUCUUGUCAAGGAGUGUGAGCAAAUUAUGCUUGCAGAGUUUUCCGAAUUACAAGAGCAGCUGAAAAUUCUUUGUCAAGAACGAUCAAGUCUGUUUGAUACGAUUAGGCAGUUGGAGGCAGCUAACAUUGAACCUGAGGGCUCUGCCUUGCAUGACAGUGAAUACCAACUAACAAAGAACGGAUUUUCAAAUCUAGGGCGUGGAAAAUAUAGUGAAUGCAGUACAACAGAAUCAUCUGAUGAUAUCGAAAAACAUGAGGUAGAAGAAGUGUCUGAAGAAGAUGAAAUAUCAUAUUAUGAUAGUAGAGACUAUUUUACAGAACCUGGUUUUAGGUGUGGGUCAAAUAUUCUGGAUCAAGUGAACAUGUCCGGGGAAGCUAAUAGACAAUGCCUUGAUGUGGAAAACAGUCAUGUUGAACCAAUGAUAUAUGAUUAUGGGUAUCCUCAGAUUACAAGGCGAAAAAAGCUUCCAGAUCCUGUUGAGAAGGAGAAGGGCGUUAGUCUUUGGUCCAUGAUCAAAGACAAUGUGGGCAAAGAUCUCACACGUGUUUGCCUUCCUGUAUACUUUAAUGAGCCAAUCUCAUCCCUUCAGAAAUGUUUCGAGGAUUUGGAGUAUUCUUAUCUUUUGGAUAGAGCUUAUGAGCAUGGAAAAUCGGGAAACAGCCUCCUUCGGGCACUGAAUGUUGCCGCCUUUGCUGUUUCUGGAUAUGCAUCGUCCGAAGGUCGGCUAUGUAAGCCUUUUAAUCCCUUGUUAGGGGAAACUUACGAAGCCGAUUUUCCUGACAAAGGAGUUCGCUUCUUUUCUGAGAAGGUUAGUCACCAUCCAACUGUGGUUGCCUGCCAUUGUGAAGGUAGAGGAUGGAGGUUUUGGGCAGACAGUAACAUUCAUUCAAAGUUUUGGGGAAGGUCAAUUCAGCUUGACCCUGUUGGAGUUCUGACACUUGAAUUUGACGAUGGUGAAAUAUUUCAGUGGAGCAAGGUUACUACUACAAUUUAUAAUCUUAUCCUUGGCAAAUUGUAUUGUGGUCAUCAUGGGAAUAUGGAAAUCCGUGGUAAUCGCCAACAUUCGUGCAGGCUCAAGUUCAAAGAGCAGACCAUUCUUGACCGAAAUCCUCGCCAGGUAAAUGGAUUUGUUGAAGAUACAAUGGGUAAAAAAGCAGCCACAAUAUUUGGCAAGUGGGAUGACAGCAUUUAUUAUUUUGAUGGUGAUGUGAAUGUCAAGCCUAAAGAUUAUACUUCGUCCAGUGGAGCAUUAUUGUGGAAAAGGACUAAGCCACCACAGAAUCUCACUCGUUACAAUUUGACAUCAUUUGCCAUAACACUGAAUGAGCUUACACCAGGACUAAAGGAGAAGCUUCCGCCCACGGAUUCCAGGCUGAGACCUGAUCAGCGGCACUUAGAGAAUGGGGAAUACGAGAAGGCUAAUAUGGAGAAACAAAGGUUGGAAAAGAGGCAAAGAAUGUCAAGGAAAAUGCAAGAGAAUGGUUGGGAGCCAAGGUGGUUUCGCAAAGAAGGUGAAAAUGGAACAUUUCUAUAUACUGGCGGAUAUUGGGAAGCUAGAGCUGUAGGAACAUGGGAUGGAUGCCCAAACAUAUUUGGUGAAUUUCAAGAAAGCAUCGUUGAAACCUUAUGA